ACACAAUCAAGAAUUUACGAAGAAAUAAUUAUAUACUGAUAUAUACGUAUUUAAAAUCUAUGGCGAUGAUGGAGCGAUUGGUAGUGACGAUUAUCGUUGCAGUUCAAUUACUUCAUGGUGUGGCUGUAAUCGCGACACCAAAUACCGUUGAUAUAAUUAAAUCGGUCAAGUUGAACGGUCUUGAGGACGAAGAGAUCCUCGAGGUUCUGUCGUUGAACAAAACUGAAAAUUCCGAUAAUUAUACGCUCGCUGAACUGAUCGAUCAUCUCGGUAAUCAUUCUGCGGCCGAUCAACAGCCCGCGCAGCAGAAUCGUGUUUGGAUCAUCAAUUCAACAGAAUCACUGCACACGAACACUUUCUACGAAAAUUUCGCCGAGGAAAUCGACAGAGAGUCCCGGAAUCUUCUUGAAUUGAUUCCCGCAUAUCUGCCUGGAACGGGAUCAGUUAGCGCGGAAUGUCGCCGGGAUUCGAACAUUUUUAAACGAGAACUGAACAAGUUCAGUUUAUGGGCUUUGAAGAUGUUCGACGCAACGGCUAAAAUACCGUCGGGACUCCUGAACGGGAAUGUCAAUCAGUUCGGGGACUUUGACGAGUGUGUUGGCGUCCAAGGAAGUGAAGGAAUUCAAGGUCAAUACUGUCUUGCAUAUCUAAAGUUGGACAUGGACGAUUCACGGCCGGACCUUAAGCAUCUGCACAGACUCCUACAUUCCCACUAUGCAUUCAACAGCAACUUAACCGACCCUGGACAUCGUGUACCCCGAUUUAGUACUGUGAAUUGGGCCGUCUGCACGCCAGCGUCGUGUUCACCGCAAGACGUGGAAGUAUCGUUGCGGCAGGCGAUAGCUAAACAUACGGCAAAUACCGGGCUUAAGAUAAGCGUUCGAGUUGACUCCGAGAUGUGUCAAAAACGACGAAAAGAUUCGUAUCCGACGGAAAUGAUUGUUGCCAGCUGCUUCUUCAUGAGCGUGAUCGCUCUGGCGGUCGUUGCCACCGUCUACGACCACUACGGCCUUUCGGCGAGUGAAUUGCUACUGUCGUUCUCGCUGAAACGAAAUUUCAACAAGUUGAUAUCACUUGAGAGAGGCGAGGGAGACAUCGCCUCGCUACACGGGGUCAGGGCACUGAACGCCCUGAUGUUGGUCGUUGCCCACAAGAGUAUGGCACUGUUCUUCAACCCAUAUCUCAACAGAACGGAAAUGGCAGAGUAUCUCGGUAAACCUUGGACGGUGAUUGGCCGUGCUGCAAGUCUUUAUACCGAUCCGUUUAUCAUGCUGUCGGGACUCCUGACGACUUAUUCCUUCGUUGGGCGACUUAACAGAACCGGGACACUGGACAUUAAGCGGGAGUACCUUUCUAGAAUUCUCAGAUUAGUGCCAACUUUGGGGGCGUUGAUAAUCUUCUGUACAUUCGUGAUGCCGUUCAUGGGUUCCGGUCCUCAGUGGAAUCUCGUUGUAACGCAUCACGCUGACAUAUGCAAGAAGACUUGGUGGAGAAAUUUCCUCUUCGUGCACAACUACUUUGGAUUUGAAAAUAUGUGCCUAACACACACGCAUCACUUGGGAAUCGAUACUCAACUAUUCGCUGCGUCGCCGGUGAUAGUUUUCUUUCUUUGGAAAAGACCUAAAAUCGGCACCGUUGUACUCACUAUUCUCGCUGCACUCUCGACCAUGCUUCGUUACAAGGUCACAUACGACAGGCAACUGAACAACUACGUUUUCUUCGGCACUUCGAUUAAACAGUUGUUCGAUACAGCAAACCACUCGUACAUUUUACCAACUCAUAGACUCACCGUCUACAUAAUUGGAGUUUUGACGGGAUACUUGCUGAGAACUUUCCCGAAAGACUAUAAAUUAAACCCUAUUUUCGUGAACGUCGGAUGGUUCGUCUCUACCGUAAUGUUUAUCGCAGCGUUUGUUGGCCCAGCCCCGAUGGGGUCGAUCAAUUACAUUUACAAUCCGAUCCACGCCGCUGUUUAUAACGCAUUUUCGCCGAUUGGUUGGUGCAUACUUUUCUCCUGGGUAGCCUUUUUGUCUCACACUGGUAACUCAAAUGGAAUACUGAGCCGAAUAUUUGCUUGGAGGGGAUUCCUUAUCUGCACGAGACUUAGCUACGCUAUUUAUCUCACCCAGUUUCCAGUGUUCUUUUACAAUGUCGGAAUGAACCGAGGCGCGGAAUAUUACGGAUUCCUUGGCACAUUGCUGAACGUCAGGGAGCUGACGUGGAUCCUUAUGUCAUCGGUUAUUUUAACGCUGCUGUUCGAGACGCCGUUCCAAAACCUCAAGAAUCACUUACUGCGUAAACCGAAAUUGCCUGUAGCGACUGAGCCGACGGGGAAUGAAAAAUCGAAAUCUGAGUAACACGUGAUUAGAAAAGCAACGAUUUCUAGCCGCAUUUUGAAACUUGUAAAUAUAGGUACGUAGUGUAACGUAUUUUAUUAACAUUAUUAUUAUUAUCCCGUUCGGAUAGCCUGAGUGUAUAAAAAAAAAUCCAUUGUGUGCUUGUUUCAAUCAUGUACAAUGUACAUGUGAUACAAGCUUAACAUACUCAUCGAAUACAUGUUUAAAUACCUAUA